AUGUCCAUUCCGGUGGGCAGACCCCGUGAAUCUCUGGUCAAGUACGACCCACCUUUGGAGUUGGGCCCUGCACCUUCCGAUGCUGUCGGCCGCAAGGGCAACAAGCCUCCCAAACCGAACUCUUUGAAGGCACAGCUGGCACGGAAGACACAGUUGCCGCCAGCAGAAUCGAAGCCCAACACGGAUGAUGUUCUGCACGCGCUGCUCCCACCUCGUGAGUGGAUUGAGGACGGCAAGCAUUACCAGCAGUAUGUGAGCAAUCAGCCGGCCACGCGCCUGGAUGUCAUCCAGCUGCAGGAGGCGUUGGACCAGCGGCUGAUGGAGCGUCAGGCUCGCGAGACUGGGAUCUGCCCAGUUCGAGAGGAGCUUUACUCUCAAUGCUUUGAUGAGCUUAUCCGUCAGGUGACAAUCAACUGUCCUGAACGUGGACUUUUGCUGCUGCGCGUGCGUGAUGAGAUCCGUAUGUCUAUCGCGGCAUACCAGACACUGUACCAGAGCAGUGUGACCUUUGGCACGCGAAAACAACUGCAGUCCGAGCAGGGCAAGGCAGAGACGGAGCAGAUGAUUGCCGAGCAUGAGGAACAAAAGAAGCAAAGAGAGGCGCGUGUUGUGGAGCUCAAGAACAAAUGCGAAGCCAUUGAGCGCCGGGAAGCGGAACGUCGGGCGGUGGAUGAGCGCAAGCGGAAAGAAGAAAUAGAUUUCCUCAAGCAUCAGCAGCAGCACUUGGAGUCGUUCCUGAAGAGUCACGACUCAAAGUGA